AUGCAGUUUGGCUUCCAUAAGGGCAGGUCAACUGUUGAUGCUGUUGCAAAAGUUGCUGCAAGCGUGAAAAAUGCAUUUGAAAAUCAUCAAGCUCUCUCUCUGACUCUCUGUGAUAUCAGUAGAGUGUUUGAUUGUGUCUCCCACUCCAUCUUGAAAAGGAAACUCCACUUCUAUGGGAUCAGGGAUGCCGCUCUUGCCAUCCUAACUACGGGAAUGUUGCUGAAAGUCGUACCAGUUGGUGGAGCUGUCUCCGGCACUCUGCCCGUUGAUUUUGGUGUUCCCCAGGGUUCAGUGCUUGGGCCUACCCUUUUUCUCAUCAUGAUAAUUGAUCUUGACGACCUUGGAACUACCCUCAUGUUUGCGGACAACACUUCUCUCCUGUCAGCUGUUAAAGUGACAUUCAAGAAAACUAAAAGAGAGCUAAAGCUGUACGUUGCUGAAGGUGGCACUCAGGAUCUUUUAGGUAGAGACUGGAUCGAGGAGCUUAAAAUCAACGAAUUGCCACUUAAUUCAUUACAAAGUGAUUCUUUAUGGGUUUCCAAGGAAGUUGAUGACAUUUCAAGGUCAGGGUUUCAAAGUUCACUUCCAAGAAUGAGCUUAAGUAAAUUAAUUGAUUCUAAUAAGGAACUCUUUUGUAACAAAAGUGGCCAUUGUACAAAAUUCACGGCACACUUAAUUUUAAAGGAAGACGCUUCUCCUAUUUACAAGAAGGCAAGGCCAGUUCCAUUUGCAAUAAAGGACAAAGUGUGCGAGGAAAUCGACAGGCUUGUAGAAGCUGAUCUGAUAGAACCAAUUGACUAUUCUGAUUGGGCUGCACCUUGUGUAGUUGUUAAAAAACCUUCUGGUCAAAUAAGAAUUUGUGCAGAUUUUUCAACAGGAUUGAAUCAGGCUUUAAAGAUUCAGAAAUUUCCUCUACCUACACCUGAGGAAAUAUUUGCUAAGUUGAAUGGAGGAGAAAAAUUCUCAGUCAUAGAUUUAUCUGAUGCCUACUUAUCAAUACCAGUAGAUAGAGAUUCACAAGACUUACUAGUGAUUAAUACCAUCAAAGGACUUUACAAAUACAAGCGACUUUGUUUUGGAAUCGCAUCCGCUCCAGCUAUAUUUUCUAAAGUUAUGUACAACAUGUUGAAUGGGUUGCCAGGCGUAGCAAACUAUCUAGAUGAUAUAAUUGUUACAGGGCACAAUGAUGAAGAACACUACAAAAAUCUAGAGAAUACUUUCAAUAAAAUUAAAGAGUUUGGAUUCCAAUUGAACAAAGAUAAAUGCAAGUUUAUGCAGGAAACAGUGACAUAUCUUGGGUUUGUCAUAACUAAAAAUGGCAUACAAGUUUCGGAUUCUAAAGUUCAAGGCAUUGUAGAUAUGCCACAGCCAUCAAAUGUCAAAGAGUUGGAGGCAUUUUUAGGUAUGGUUACAUACUACUCCAAAUUCAUACCAGAAUUUUCAAAAGUGUGUUAUCCUUUAAAUCAACUGCGGAAGAAAGGAGUAGACUGGUUGUGGACUGAUCAGUGUAAACGCAGUUUCAACAAAUUAAAAGACUUGUUAAUGAAUGCACCUAUACUAACACAUUACAAUCCAGAGUUACCCAUCAUUCUUGCUGCGGAUGCAUCAGCUGUAGGAAUCGGUGCUGCAAUUUUUCAUAGAUUUUCUGACAACUCUGAAAAGCCUAUUGCAUAUGCUUCAAAAACAUUGACUUCCACUGAAGCGAACUAUUCUCAAAUAGAAAGAGAAGGGCUGGCCAUCAUUUUUGCGAUAAAGAAAUUUCGCCCAUAUCUACUGGGAAAACACUUCAUUUUACAGACCGACCACAGACCCUUGCUUACAAUUUUUGGAUCUAAGAAAGGGGUACCUACCACAACUGCCAAUAGACUUCAGCGUUGGGCACUAAUACUGUCUAACUAUACGUAUGACAUUGAAUACAUAUCUACAAAAAAUUUUGGUAAAGUCGAUGGUUUGAGUAGAUUACCGUCAUUUCAACCUAACUCUUUUGAUUCCAAUGAUGAGGGACACCAUACAAUAGUAGCGACAAUUCAAACAGAAGUGCAGUCCGAGAUUCCUAUUACUUGUACUGAAAUCGCUGAGGAAUCGGUUAAGGACCCUGUUUUGAAGAAGGUGAUGCACUAUGUAAAAGUUGGUUGGCCUAAUAAGUGUCCAGAGGAGAACUUGAAGCCUUAUUUUUCUAAGAAAGAUGCACUGACUCUACAUAAUAACUGUCUUCUGUGGGGAAUAAGAACUGUUAUUCCACCUAAAUACCGAACUUACAUCAUGAACUACUUACAUGAAUCUCACAAUGGCAUGGUCAGAAUGAAGUCAGAGGCUCGGGGUCAUGUGUGGUGGCCAGGUAUGGAUGCUCUAAUUGAACAGACUUGUCACCGUUGCCGUGAAUGUAACUUGUUUGCAAAAGAUUUACCAAGUAAAAAACAUCUAUUCAACUGGCCUAAAGAAAGUGAACCUUGGAGUCGAAUCCAUUUAGAUUUUGCUGGACCAUUUUACGGACAAAUGUUUCUCUUAGUAAUUGACGCUUUCUCGAAAUGGCCAGAAAUAGUACCUAUGUCCUCUAUUACCACAGAAAGGACAGUAGAAGCGCUCAAGAAUUUGUUGUGUAAAUAUGGAAUACCUAGAACAAUCGUCUCAGACAACGGAACUUCAUUUACUUCUCAAGGUUUUAAAGAUUUCUGCUUGCGUAAUAAUAUCAAACAUAUUACGACUCCAGUAGCUCACCCAAGUUCAAAUGGACAAGUGGAGAAAAAUGUAGAUACCUUUAAAAGAGCUAUGAACAAAUUACAGUACAAUAAAGAGCCUAGCUUGUUCACAGACAACUUGAGGACAUAUUUAUUUCGCUAUCGAGCUACACCUCACACUGCAACUGGACAAACAUCUGCAUCUUUGUUCUUGGGUCGUAAUCUGCGAACUAAAUUAGAUUUUAUCAAACCUUCACAAGAGAUAAACUCAAGAGAUGAACCUUCUGAAGUGCUGCGAUAUAAGAAAACCAGAGGCUUUUCUAUUGGGAGUAAAGUGUACAUUCGUACUUUUGUUGAAGGGAAAGUAAAAUGGAAAAUAGGAACCAUACUUAGACAGUUAGGUAGGAACACAUGGUUGAUUGAUUCUAAUGGACACACUAAAAGACAUACAAGUCAAAUGCGGAAAUUUUACCAAGACAAUGAAUCGGAAGAGGAAGACGACCCCUGCAUUAAACAAUUACCACAGCUACUGUCUUCUUCAGAUUUCCAAGUACGAAAUGCAGAAGUACAUGUUCGGAAUUCGGAAAACCAUGGAUCACCAGCUGUAUUCCCUAGCCCUAUAACAUUCCCUACAGUAGCUUCACAACAUCCGAAUUCCACUCCUCAGCUACGACCUAGAACAUCCCCUGCAGAAGCUUUACCACACCCGAAUGUACCUCCUCAGCUGCGAAGAUCAACAAGGACCUUCAGGCCACAGAGGAGGUUAAUUGAAGAAGCCUAA